CGCCUCUCGAGGAAGUUGGCCCUUUAAUUAUAGCGCCAGUUCCCUGUCGCAUCCACCUUCAGCAGCUAGCAGCAGACAGCCGGUGUCAGUCCUCUGCCUCGCGUGCGGCACCGCGGCCAUGGGCGGCUCGGCCUCCAGCCAGUUGGACGAGGGCAAGUGCGCCUACAUCCGAGGAAAAACUGAGGCUUCUAUCAAAAACUUCAGCCCCUACUAUAGCCGACAGUAUUCUGUGGCUUUCUGUAGUCACGUGCGCAGUGAGGUGGAGCAGCAACGGGAUCCAACAUCGCAGUUCCUGAGGACCAAGCCCCCCUUGGAACCAGGAACUGUUUUGUAUGAAGCCGAACUCUCACAGUUUGCCGAAGACAUCAGAAAAUGGAAGGACAGAUACAUUGUGGUUAAAAAUGAUUUUGCUGUGGAAAGCUAUGAGAACAAAGAGGCCUAUCAGAGAGGAGCUGUUCCUAAAAGCCGAAUUCUUCCAGCUGGAGGCAAGGUUUUAACCUCAGAAGAAGAAUAUAAUCUCUUGUCUGACAAGCAUUUCCCAGACCCCAUUGCUUCCAGUGAGAAGAACUCGCAGCCCUUUGUCGUCCUGCCCAAGGCCUUCCCGGUGUACCUGUGGCAGCCUUACCUCAGGCAUGGCUACUUCUGUUUCCAUGAGGCCGCCGAGCAGCAGAAGUUCAGCGCGCUUCUCAACGACUGCAUCAGACACCUGAAUCACGAUUAUAUGAAGCAGACGACAUUUGAAGCCCAAGCCUUUUUAGAAGCCGUGCAGUUCUUCCGGCAGGAGAAGGGUCACUAUGGCUCGUGGGAGAUGAUCACUGGGGAUGAAGUCCAGGUCCUGAGUAACCUGGUGAUGGAGGAACUCCUGCCGACUCUUCAGACCGAUCUGCUGCCUAAACUGAAAGGGAAGAAGAACGACAGGAAGCGGGCCUGGUUUGGGCUCCUGGAGGAGGCCUAUGGUCUGGUUCAGCACCAAGUGUCGGAAGGAUUAAGUGCCUUGAAGGAGGAGUGCAGAGCCCUGACAAAGGGCCUGGAAGGGACCAUCCGCUCCGACAUGGACCAGAUUGUCAACUCAAAGAACUUCCUAGCUGGGAAGAUCAGAGCAAUGGUGGCUCAGCCAGCCGAGAAAAGCUGUGGAGAGAGCGUGCAGCCGUUCCUGGCCUCCAUUCUGGAGGAGGUGAUGGGACCGGUGAGCUCAGGCUUCAGUGAAGUGCGGGCACUCUUCGAGAAAGAAGUAGAUGAACUCAGCCAGAGCUUCCAUGCCACCCAGGACAGUGUCCAGCUGAAGGAGCACGUGGACCAGUUGAUGAAGCUUCCUCUGGAUUCUGUGAAGAUGGAACCUUGUUAUACUAAAGUCACCUUGCUUCCAGAGCGCCUGCUGGAUCUCCAGAGCCGCUUCAGAUUCCCUCACGUUGAUCUGGUGGUCCAGAGGACACAGAACUACAUGCAAGAGCUCAUGGAGAACGCGGUGUUCACAUUUGAACAGCUGCUCUCCCCGCACCUCCAAGGAGAGGCUUCCAAAACAGCGGCUACCAUCGAGAAGGUUAAGCUCCGUGUCUUAAAGCAAUAUGAUUACGACAGCAGCACCAUCCGGAAGAAGAUCUUCCAGGAAGCACUGAUUCAAAUCACACUGCCCACCCUGCAGAAGUCACUGGCAUCCACAUGCAAACCAGAGCUUCAGAAAUACGAGCAGUUCAUCUUCGCAGAUCAUACCAAUAUGAUCCAUGUUGAGAACGUCUAUGAAGAGAUUUUGUAUCAGAUCCUCCUUGACGAAACCCUGAAAGUGAUAACAGAGGCGGCUAUCUUGAAGAAACACAAUUUAUUUGAAGACAACAUGGCCUUGCCCAGUGAAAGUGUAUCUAGCCUGACAGAUCUCAAAACCUCCAUGGGGUCUAACCAGGCCAGUCCAGCCAGAAGAGUGUCUGCCGUGCCCCCAGGAGCUCCAGACAAUGAAGUGUUCCAGGAGCCAGAGGAAAAGAAGCAGCAGCCUGCUGUGCCUGACUCACUGGCUGGAGAAGAAAGUACUCCCAUCCCUGAGUCCAGUCCUCCUUCAGGUGGGGAUGAACAGGUGACUGUGUCCAGUGUGGUGAGCUCUGCGGGGAGUGAUCUCACUGUGGAGGAUACAGCAGGACCCCUCAGCUCACACGCAUCGGAGGCAGAAGGUGGGGAGACCCUUAGAGAUGAAGAGCCAAUCUGUGAAAGGCCAGAGUCCAUCACCACUCCAGGGUCCUUGAAGGAGCUGAAAGAGUUGUUGACUGUGACCGUGUCCGUGGAGUCUGCCCCCGUGAUGGAAAACGAUACGCACGAGGGGAUACCUGUUCCCCCAGAAAAUGAAAAAGAAGAAGACAGCCAGACAGCUGCCAUGCAGCAGGACAACCGUGAAGAAAGUGAAGUCCGAGAGAAGGGGGCCCAUCCUACUCCUUCGGAAGUUGAAGGUCCUGGAAUAGACUUGGGGACAUUGCCAGAGGCGAGCAUCCCUACCUCUCAGUCCACUGAUGGGGGGCUCCCUGAGGACACCAGUUGUCUGGGUCCCUUAGGGGAGCCGCCUGAGGCUCCAGAGCCCACUGAGAAGGUGCCGCCAGCCAUGGUUUCCACGCAGGAGACCACCCAUGCAGGAGGUGAGGCCGUGCAUGCCGCGGCAGUCACGCUGCAAGAAGAUGCCGCGUUAAGUUCUAAUCCCCUCUGUUCUGUGGAGAGGAAUGAGGUCUCUGGGGAUCAAGAAGUGCUGGGAGGGAAUGCUAGCCCAGCCCCUGCUGUGGACACAGAACCAGCCAGUGCUGCCCAGGUGCAUAGCUGCCAGUGGGUGGUAGAGGAUGCUCCAGGCAGCGGCAGCCCAGAUGUGAGUAAUUACGAUGUGAGCUCCCCGGAACAACCCUCAGAGGAGUGCUAGGAAAACAGCUUGACUGUAGGUUUCCCUUUAAAACUACCAGUCAAAGGGUUUUAGUUACAGGUAUCCAUCUAUAGGGGAUUGCAUGUGGAUUGCUAAAAAUCAUGAACUAUUUCCUUAAUUCGAAUGAUAAAUCUAGAGGAAAUGUAAACAGGGUGUGAACACUGAGGCCAACUCUGGGGAGCUGAAUUGCUCCCUGUAAAUGAUUGCUUUAGCAUCUUAGUAGAAAUGAUGAGAGAACUGGAGUGUUGGGGUGCAAGGCAGUUAAAGGGGCUCCAGAGAAGGAGCACUACUGCGGUAGAGACUAAAAGAGCAGGACCUGGCACCUCCAUAUUCUCUUCACUGAAAUGUGGCACAAAUUUGGGACCACACUUUGAGGUAUUUUCAGCAAGAGUGCAAAGGUCUACCCUGACUCCAGCUUUGCCACCUGCUCUGUCAGCUUCACGGCCUCUUAAGUGGCAUUUGUCCCUUACCAGGUCACAAGAAAGAGGAAGUCGUGAACACCAGCCACCCCUGUCCUGUGAAAUGCCCAGUCAGCCAUGGCUGGUAGAUCUCAGGCAAUGCAGAGCAAAAUUCCAAGGUGGGGAGUCUGCGGAACAAUCGAGAAGCCCUGUUCCUAAUCCUGCCAUCAAUUCCUUGUUGGUUAAUUUUGUUGAAUUAAUCAUCCUUUAAGCAAAAUCAGAUGGGGCCAGAGAUUUCACCGGCACACUCAGCCUUAGGUUGUGUAAAGUGCGUGGCUAAAUUUUCUAACUCAAAAGCUACCAGUUCCACAGACAUUAUUUGAGCAGCUAGUGCAUGCUCUGUUAGGCAGAGUAAUAAACAAAAGAUUAGGUGUUUUGCUUCCUAUAAAUUAAAGGGCUCAUGAGAAUUUAGUCUAGAAAAAAAGAGGGUUUUUUUUUU